GUCCUCAUCUGAAAAACAGUAACAGGUCCACCUCACAGCGAUGCCACAAGAAUUAAGUGAAUGGCCCAAUGGAAAGUUUGAGUUUGGUGCCUCACUUGGAGCAAUUCCUCAAUAUAUCACAGCUCUCACUGAAAACUGCCUUUCCUACCUUCCUUUUCUGUUAUGUUCUUCCUAAAGGGUUAAUGAGUGAGAAUGAAAGAUAGUAGUGAUAUGCCCAGGACCAGAGUACAAUUAAAUAUAAAAGGCUUUUUGGAUCUGCUAUUAAUUUCUCUAAGGCAAGAAGCUAGGUAAAUGGCCUUUGUCUGGAACAAAGAAGACAGAUCCAUAAAACUGUAAACUGGUUCAUAAUAGUGUGUGAUUCAAAAACACAACAUCUGCAAAAUAAAUUUUCUAUCUCCAGGAAAACAUGUUAUGAAAAGCACAGACUAUUAAUAACAUGCUCACGGAUGUACUCCUUAACACAUGAUUUGAGAGUCUGCUCUUUUUUUGUGUGCAUGAAAUAUUAAGGGGAAUCUUUUCUUAGUAACAUUUGGAUACUAAACAAAUGCAAAACAGUUUGUGGAAACAUAGCUAAACAUCAGUUAUAACGUGCAUUACUGGAAUAGGACCACCCCUCUUCAGUCUUGCAUAUUUAAUAUGGACUUUUAUAUUAAGCUUCAAAUAAAAUAAUUCUGAUAAAAUAAAUCUGAGAUGCAGACUAUCUGUCUUAAUGUUUCAGUACUCUUGUCUCUUGUCUCAUAUAAAAAAAUCAUUCUUUUAACAAUUACAUUUUCAAAUACUUUGAUUCCCAGUAUCUUACAGGCUGUGUAUUAUCCAGUGACAUAUAUGGGAAAAGGAAUUCUAAGGUGCAAAGCCAGAUACAGGUGAAAGCUCUUCUCCUAAUCCAUUGUAUGUUUGCUAAGUCGAGUUUUGGGGUGCUUAAUGUUCUUGCUUCGAAGAGGCGGGGCAUAAGAUGGCUUCCUGAUGCUGCCUCGGGACCUGAGUACGACGCCCUCCAAGUACCUGGCGGUACCAGGCACCCAGGAAUUGGAGUUUCGCCGCUUAAGCAGCAGUCAGCUCAGCGGCAUGCCUCAGUUUCCUCGUCGUAGCUCCAGAUGUCCGGUGACGCUCUCAGCUCCGGUCCUCCCGGCCAGGCCGGAGGGCCAGCCCAGCUUAGUUCCCGCACCGAGGCCCGCGCCCCCACCCAACCGAACGCCGACCGGGCUGGAGACCAGGACCGCGCUGCGUCCCUUUCCGCCCCACCGAGUGGGGGUGACGGUGACGGUGAGAAGAACAAAAGAUGAUACUUGGAAAGCAGAUGACCUCAGAAAACAUCUUUUGGCUGCACAAUCAGGUAGUCCCAAGGAAGAUAAGAAACACAGAGAAAAGAAGCUGCAUAAGGAGUCAGAAAUGGACCUCCCUGAAUACAGAGAGCCCAAGCACGGGGGCCCAGACCGAGACAGCAAGUACAGAGAGAGGCCUGGCGAGAGAGAUGGCCCCGUGUCCAGGGAGAACCCUCAUGGGGACAGAGAAAGAGAAAAGCGAAGGGAAAGGAGAAAGGACUCCAGAGACCGGGACAGAGAAAGGCAUAAGGAGAAACACCGAGAGCAGGACACGGAGAAGUCUCACGGUAAAGGAAAAGACAGGGGCAAGGCCGGAGACCGCGGAGCUGAGAGGGAGGAGCGCGGGCGGACGGCUGCCUGCGCCGUCCCGCCGGGCCGGCCGCUCCUGGGCAGAGCAGAACGCGAGACCCGAGCAGUAAGCAGAGUGAGAACGGAAGAGAAGGAGAGGAGAGAUGGAGACCCUGAGAGGGGAGACGAGGAGAGAGAAAGACGAUACAGAGAGAGAAAGCUGCAGUACGGUGACAGUAAAGACAAUCCUCUUAAGUACUGGCUGUAUAAAGAAGAAGGUGAAAGGAGACAUAGGAAGCAGAAAGAACCAGAUCGAGAAAGGAAACAUGGAGAAAAAAGCAGCACAAGGGAAAAAAGAGAAAAGUAUCCAAAAGAAAAAAGUAAUUCCUUCUCUGACAAGGAGGGGGAAGAAAGACACAAGGGAAAACGACACAAGGAAGGUUUUCAGUUCGAUGAGGAGAGGCGCCAGAGUAACACGGCUGAAAAGGAGAGGUUGUCAAGAGAAGACCUUAAGAGAAGAGAGUCCAAGGACAGUGAGCACCGAAACCGGGGUGCAAGUUCAAGGAGAGAUCCCAUCGGCAGCCGGGAAGGAACGUGCGUUCUCUGGUAUGCAGAGAAUUUAGUAAGAAAUAAUGGAAAAGAUAAAGACUCAAGGAAGCACAUCCGGGAAGAGGGCGCCUCCGUGUGGAAGCUGGCUCAGAGGCAUGGGAGAGAAGAAAUGGCGGAAAUUGAAAAGGAAGACAUUGAUUCAGAAAAUGCUGGAGCUGAUGAAUAUACAGCUUGCUUUGAAGAUGAUUUUGAAGAUUACGAAGAUGACUUUGAGGUUUGUGAUGGAGAUGAUGAUAGCUUUAACGAGCUGGAACCAAAAGAGAAAAUCGAAGAGCUUCCUCUGGCCAGAAAGAAGGAGAUACAGGAGAUUCAGAAAGCCAUUAAUGCAGAAAACGAAAGGAUCGGCAAGCUGUCCUGCAGACUGUCUCAGAAGCCAGGUCUGCUGGAGGAUGAAAACAGUUCCCCUGCCAGAGCCCCUGUAUGUGGAAUUUUCAUUGAUUUUGCAACAGCCUCACGCCGUCAGAAGAGUCGGACUCAGGCCCUUAAGCAAAAGACACGCAGUACAAAGCUGCUUCGGCUCAUUGACUUAGAUUUUUCAUUCACUUUCUCUCUCUUGGAUCUACCGCCAGUAAAUGAAUAUGACAUGUAUAUCAGAAACUUUGGGAAAAAAAAUACCAAGCAGGCAUAUGUUCAGUACAAUGAAGAUAACGUUGACAGAGACAUCCAGACUGAAGAGAUAGAGACCAGAGGGGUGUGGACCCAGCACCCCGGAGAGGGCACGGCCGUGUCAGGGGGGAGCAUGAGUGGAGAUCCCCGUGAUGUGGCCGCUGCACCGAAGGUCGACACACCCAGGCUGUCCAGCUUCCUCCGGGCGGCGUGCCAGGUGAUUGCGGUUUUGCUUGAAGAGGAUCGUGUGGGAGCCGAACCCAGCUGGGGCCCCAGGACACAGGACAGCACCCUGCAUAUCAGUGACAGCUCCUCUCAGCUGAAUACCAGCCUGCCGUUCCUUCAGAAUCGAAGAGUGUCGUGCUUAUGUGCCUCUCAGGUGCAGAGACAGACGGUGGUGUCUGUGCACGGGCCGCCUGGAGCCGCGUCCGCCCCUGUGCUGGACUGCAGAUAUGUGCUGUGCGUGUGGGAUAUCUGGCAGCCUUCGGGGCCUCAGAAGGUCCUGAUAUGUGAGUCGAAGGUCACAUGUUGCUGCUUUAGCCCUUUUAAAGCCUUUUUACUGUUUGCUGGGACAGUGCACGGCUCGGUCCUUGUGUGGGACCUACGAGAAGACUCUAGAAUACAUCAUUAUGUGAAGCUGGGCAAUUGCUUCUGGACCUUCAGGACAGCAACGUUUUCUACUGAUGGUAUCCUGACUUCCGUAAACCACCGCAGUCCUGUUCAAGCCAUAGAACCCAUCUCCACGUCUGUCUACAAAAAACAGAGUUUUGUGCUUUCCCCCUUUUCUACUCAAGAAGAAAUGUCAGGUUUGUCAUUCCACAUUGCUUCCCUGGAUGAAAGUGGGGUUCUCAAUGUGUGGGUGGUUGUUGAAUUACCAAAGGCAGAUAUUGCAGGCUCAGUAAGUGACUUAGGUCUGAUACCUGGAGGGAGGAUAAAGCUGGUGCACAGUGCUGUAAUUCAGCUGAGCGACAGCCUUUCCCAUAAAGGCUGUGAAUUCUGGGGGGCCACACGAACCCUGAAUGUGAAGUUUCUGCCUUCAGACCCUAGUCAUUUCAUUGUUGGCACAGACGUGGGUCUUAUAAGUCAUGGCACCAGACAAGAUUUGAGAGUAUCUCCCAAAUUGUACAAAGCCCAGCAACCUGGUAUGAGACCAGUCCAAGUGAAUGUGAUCGAUUUUUCACCAUUUGGAGAACCAGUAUUCUUGGCCGGCUGUUCAGAUGGAAGCAUCAGGUUACACCAGCUGACGUCCGAGUGCCCUCUCCUUCAGUGGGACAGCAGCACCAACGGCCACGCGGUCACAGGCCUCCACUGGUCCUUGACCAGACCUGCCAUGUUUCUGGCCCAGGAUGACAUGUCCUGUAUUUAUAUCUGGGAUCUGCUGGAAAGUGAUCUGGGUCCUGUAGCCAAACAGCUCAUCUCCCCAGACAGGCUGGUGGCCAUGACAGUCGUGGGUGAAGCAGAGAAGGCCAGUGGCAGCUUCCUGGCCCUGGUGCUGGCCAGAGCCUCUGGCAGCGUGGACGUCCAGUACCUGAAGAGGGCGUGGGCAGCCCCCGUGGGAGACGAGCUGAGGAAGCUGCGGCUACUCUUUCAGGAAGCCCUGUAGAAGGGGGGCUGCCAGAUAGCGGGGUGUGGUCUUGGGGACGGGGGCAGGGCAGAAUGAUGACCCACACGGGAAAGACAGUUGUAUCCGUGUGCAUGUACAUUGAUAGAGGGUAUGUAUUCUCUAUGUAACUUACUUUACAAGAAUGUCACCUCAGUGUUCCCAGUGAGUAAAUCACUAUUUUUUGAAUGGAAACAACACACCUUUUAGUGUAUGCUGAGCUUGAGAGGAAAUAGUCAUGUUGAUUAUGUUCUUUGAGAAUAUUUCUACUUAUUUUUAGAAUAGCUUUAAAAUAUUAGCACAUUUAUAUUUUAAACAGUCUACCAUGAAAAUGUACUUUAAUGAGCAAUUUUCUUAGUCCUGCAGAAAAGGACAUACUCAGGUAUAAAUUAAAUGGAGUUAUGUCAUUGAAAUGACCUCUGCCAACUGUGUUUUCUUAAAACUUUCUUGGGCUUCUUUUGGCAUUAUUUGAAUGUCAGGCACAUUUUACAUUAUGCUUUAGUAUUUAAAAAUGUCUGUAUAAAAAUAACCUAAGUAAAUAAAUGCUCUUGAAUUUUGUACUCAGUUAUAACAGAAUUUUGGGGUGAGAUCCAAGAAAGCCCAGGAUGGCCCCCUGGCACAGUGAGGGGUGGGGAUGGUCAGCGAGGGGCCAGGUGGGGCUUCAGUUUCUCUGGCCACACGGAGCUCCCACUUAGCCACAGGAAGAUCUCACGGCAGGAUGAGAGCAUCUUUUACCCAGAAGGUAACAAGGGACAUUCCAGAGCAUUUGGCCCCUGUGUGUAAACACGUAUGUGUCUGACUUGUUCAGUCGAUGUGCUCUGUCUCCUUCACUGGACCAGGAGCUCUGUGGACAGAGAUGUGUCUCUUUCUCACCAUUGUCUCCGAGGGCUGUGUGCCUGCCUCACACACGGUGCUCAGCCAGUGGUGAAAGAAGCAAUUGAGUGAGUUGGCAGUGUGGCUCUAAUACAGAGCAGAGUCCUACCAGAAUGCCGUAGUUCAUGACUGGUGGUGGAGAUUUUAAUUCUGGAAACAGGCUAAUCCCCCUGGCCCCUCAUCUACCAUCCCCCCAAGUCCUUAUUUGUGAAAUUUGACCUAAACUGGAAUUGAGAGGAGUCUAACUACUCUAGUAAUAAUGAGUGACCUCCAGAGACCUCCAGAAUAAGAUGGCAUCCAGUUAGCAGCCAUACUGGCUCUUCUAAAUCCUAACAGAGGCUCGGGACACAGAAGGGAAAAAGCAUGGCCACCAAAAACUGGCCCGCUGAUUAGGAGAACUAGGUGUGAGAUCAUUGGACUCCACUGAAAAGGGCCAGUGACACCUAGGGAUUGAGGUCCUCCUACUGGAGCCUGUGUCUUGGACACAAGACUCCUGCCUGCAGAUCCCCCCUCCCCAGUCCUCUGGGGGAGCUGCUUCUCCCUUCAGGGGAUGCUGCUCUCUGCUUUCAGACAAAGCUCCCCCAUGCCCACCACCAGCACCUCCUUCCUCCCAUUCACAUCGAGACCCCAACACCAGGAAAUAACCAGAGGGAGAUAAGUGCCAAAAUAUAAUUUUGCCAAAAUUAUCUUUGAGGACAUGUGGGGACUAGAAGGGUCCUGCCGGCCGUCCUUAUUGGAGGAGCCAGUUUUAGGGGGUUUUGCUCUUUGAAUAGCUUGUUUAGAGUGUCUAAGAGACAUUAAGGAACAGAAGAGGAAGAAGAGGAGGCCCCAUCUGAGUUGUGGGUCUGCACUAGAAAGAGUCUGUUUAGGGCUGGAGAUGUGCACAGCUCUUACCCCAGCGUCUAGAAGAAGAAGGUCCCACUGGGCCCGGCUUGUUGGCAACCACAGAGUCUGGACCUUUGAAGGAGGAGUAGACCAGGAGUGAUGAAUGUAGUGCUGUGAAAUAUAUUACUUGGCAAAUGAAAGAAUAUUAUUCUGAGGACCCAGAAAGGGAGCAGACAUCUGGAGACACUUGGCCAGAGGAAGAAAAACAGGCAAGCAGCAAACAACAACAAAAUGAUAGACUAUAAGGAGAAAUGGCUUCUAGAAAAGUAAUAGAAAGCCACAGGAGAAAACAGAUUUAACAUUAAAUGCUAGAGAAAAUGUGUAAAAUAAGAGUUAAAAUCCACACUGAAGAUGACGAAUGGGUAUUUUCCAUUAGGAAUAAUGGGGCAGUGAUGUAGAGACUUACUUGAGGAGUUUCUCAGAAUGCAGAGGGACAAAUUGAUGAAAUAGUAAAAGACCAGCGGUCCAAACUAGGAGUUAUAGGUGCUUCUAAGGAUGAACAAUUGGAAAAGAAGUAACAAUAAACAAUUGUAGGAAGAACUUCCUGAGUUGAUAAAAGACCUAAUAUGCAUGUCAGAAGGCUCAUUGGGAGGCGAUCCACAGACAGGAUCAAGGUCAGCAUUGCAUAAAACAUCAACGUUCUUUCAGAAUUAAGGAAAUGUAUUUUAUUUUUCCUCCUUUUUCCCCUCUUCUUUAGUUAAUUGAGCAUUGUUUUGAUUCCAUUUUAUGUCUAUUGACUUAGCACUCUUAUACCUCUUUUAAAAAGUAGUUAGUGGCUGUCCAAUUUUCCCAACACCAUUUGUUGAAGAGACUGUCUUUUUUCCAUUGGACAUUCUUUCCUGCUUUG